GUCCCCGCCAUGCGCCCCCCACAGCCUGCGGCCCUGUGCGCCCCGCCGCUGCCGCUGCCGCUGCUACUCCUGCUGCUGUUGCUCCCGCGUGCGCCGUCGGGCGCCUCUGAGGUCCCCAGGGCUAAGGCGAAGGCGCAGAUCCGGCAGCGAGAGGUGGUGGACCUAUACAACGGGCUGGGCGCGUGCCUGCAGGGCCCGGCGGGGGUGCCCGGACGCGACGGCAGCCCGGGGGCCAACGGUGUCCCCGGCACCCCCGGGAUCCCGGGCCGGGACGGCUUCAAAGGAGAGAAGGGGGAGUGCUUGCGGGAGAGCUUCGAGGAGGCCUGGACCCCCAACUACAAGCAGUGUUCGUGGAACGCGCUGAACUAUGGCAUCGACCUCGGGAAAAUCGCGGAGUGCACCUUCACCAAGAUGCGGUCCCACAGUGCCCUGCGGGUCCUAUUCAGCGGUUCACUGCGGCUCAAGUGUAGGAGCGCGUGCUGCCAGCGCUGGUACUUCACGUUCAACGGCGCAGAGUGUGCGGGUCCGCUCCCCAUCGAGGCCAUCAUUUAUUUGGACCAAGGGAGCCCUGAGCUGAAUUCAACAAUAAAUAUCCAUCGCACUUCCUCUGUGGAAGGACUCUGUGAAGGGAUUGGUGCUGGCCUCGUGGAUGUUGCCAUCUGGGUCGGGACCUGUUCCGAUUACCCCAAGGGAGACGCUUCCACAGGCUGGAAUUCAGUGUCGCGCAUCAUUAUUGAAGAACUCCCCAAAUAAACCCUUUCAUGUUUCAUUCCCUACCUCCUUUUUAAAUUGUGAAAUAGCAUUUGAAGAUUAUUUUACAUAUACAUCUAAAUGAAAAACACUAGCCAUGUUUACAGACCAAAGUGUGAGCUUGCACUGCUUUGAAAUCUGGUAUCAGCCGUUUUACUUCAAUCAAAACCGGCUUCUGGAGUUCAGCCAAUCAGUAGACCUUCUUCACGUUCUCAUUCCUGAACCUACAGUUGGGAAUUUUGUGGUGCUUAAUUUUUCCUGUUUGCUUGGUGUAGCAUUUUACAAAUAUAAAAAAGUUAGCAGCCUUUGUACAAGUUGUAAAUGUAUAGUUGUUUUACACUUGUUAAAUAAAACAUAUUUCAAACAA